UCCGCUGCAAUUUCUAUGCCGUCCAGGUACUUUAGAAAAACCGCCAUUAGAGAGGAAGAGAGAAAGCUUGAGGCUGAGAGAGAGAUGGAGCUCGAUGAACACGGCUUCUUAGAGGAGUUGAUGGCUCUACGAAGAGAAGCAAAUUGGGACGCCAUUCCAACUGAAAUCACCGAUCUCAAUGCUUGGGCGUUCGAUUACUGUUUUGAUCAGAACAUUUCUAAUGUCAACCCAAAUUCUUCAUCGGAACCUCUAUCGACUCAGAACCUGGAUGAAUUUUAUCAUCCUUUGGCAAACGAGUUCUCAGUUCCAGAAAUGGCCGAUUCCGCCUACGCCGCCAUGGAAGUAGCCGCGCCUCUGCCAUUUCAAGCAGAGCGUCCGAAUGUGGAGGGAGAAGAAGAGGAAGAGGAAUUAGGUUUUCUCGCAAACGAGAUUCAGAACAUGGAGGCGGUUCAUGUUCAAUCGGCUUGCAAAGCGGAGCCGAAUCAGUCUCCAGAACUCCCCGUUUUCAACAUUGGAACAUGCGCUCUCGAACGGAAGAACGGACCGAAGAAAUUACAAGGCCAACCGUCGAAGAAUCUGAUGGCUGAAAGAAGGAGAAGGAAGCGCUUGAACGAUCGCCUCUCAAUGCUCAGAUCCAUCGUUCCUAAGAUCAGCAAGAUGGACCGAACUGCGAUUCUAGCAGAUGCAAUAGAUUACAUGAAAGAAUUGCUGGAGAAGAUCGGAAAUCUGCAAAGAGAAAUGGAUCGAACAAAUCAAACGACUAGGAAUUCAUUCCACGACACAAAACCGAGCGAAUUCGUAGUGAGAAAUUCACCAAAAUUUGAGGUGGAAAGCAGAAACGGAAACACGAGGAUCGAGAUUUACUGUGCGGCGAAGCCAGGAUUACUGUUAUCGACGGUGAAUACGAUCGAAGCAUUGGGGCUUGAGAUUCAACACUGUGUAAUCAGCUGCUUCAAUGACUUCGCAUUGCAAGCCACUUGUUCGCAGGAACUGAAGCCUGAAGAAUUGAAGGAAGCUUUAUUUAGAAAUGCAGGCUAUGGAGGAAGCUGCUUGUAGAAAUUAUUUAUUUUAUUUCUUUUUUUUCUGCUAAAAAAAUUAUGUUAAUGUUCCUAAUUAGAAAUUAAUUAGUAAGCAAAUCUCUGUAAUUUCGUGAGGUUUGCAAUUUUCUCAUCCCAACCCCUAUUUCUUAAUUUUAAUUCAAGUGGGAUGAUUAAUUAAUUUUUCUAA